AUGUCUAAGUCAGAGUCUCCCAAAGGGCCCAAACAGCUGCGGAAGCUCUUCAUCGGAGGUUUGAGCUUUGAAACAACCGAUGGGAGCCUGAGGAGCCAUUGUGAGCAGUGGGGAGCACGCACAGACUGUGUGGUAAUGAGGGAUCCAAGCACCAGGCGCUCCAGAGGCUUCCGGGUUGUCAUGUAUGCUACUGUGGAGGAGGUGGGUGCGGCCAUGAAGGCAAGGCCACACGAGGUGGAUGGAAGAGUUGAGGAACCAAAGAAGGCCAUCUCAAGAGAAGAUUCUCAAAGACCUGGUGCCCACUUAACUGUGAAAAAGAUUUUUGUUGGUGGCAUUAAAGAAGACACUGAAGAACAUCACCUAAGAGAUUAUUUUGAACAGUAUGGGAAAAUUGAAGUGACUGAAAUUAUGAUCGACCAAGGCAGUGGCAAAAAAAGAGGCUUUGCUUUCGUAACUUUUGAUGACCAUGACUCCAUAGACAAGACUGUCGUUCAGAAAUACCACACUGUGAAUGGCCACAAUUGUGAAGUAAGGAAAGCCCUAUCUCAGCAAGAGAUGGCUAGUGCUUCAUCCAGCCAAAGAGGUCAAAGUGGUUCUGGAAGCUUUGGUGGUCGUCGUGGAGGUGGUUUUGGUGGGAAUGACAACUUUGGUGGUGGAGGAAACUUCAGUGGUUGA